UUACACACUUAUUAUUCCAGGUGGCGGUGGGAUAAGCUGUGUACUUCAAGAUAGCAAAGUGUUUGAGAAAGCCGGGGUGAAUGUUUCUGUUGUAUUUGGCAACCUUUCGGAGGAAGCUGCUAAGCAGAUGCGAAGCAGAGGAAAGUCAUUGAAAACUAAAGAUGGGCAACUGCCUUUUUGUGCCAUGGGAGUGAGUUCUGUGAUCCAUCCCAAGAAUCCCCACAUUCCAACCAUCCAUUUCAACUAUAGAUACUUUGAAAUUGAAGAAGCAGAUGGUCAGAAAUCAUGGUGGUUUGGUGGGGGCACAGACCUUACUCCGACAUACCUGAAUAAGGACGAUGCUGUCCAUUUUCACAAGACCCUCAAGGAGGCCUGUGACAAGCAUGAUAAAAGUUAUUAUCCAACUUUUAAAAAAUGGUGCGAUGAUUAUUUUGUCAUCAAACAUCGUGGGGAGCGGAGAGGAGUGGGAGGCAUAUUUUUUGAUGACUUGAAUUCAUCCUCAGCAGAAGGGCUGUUCGAAUUUGUCCGAAGCUGUGCUAAGGCUGUGGUUCCUUGCUAUAUUCCUAUUGUGCGGAAGCAUCUCCAUGAUUCAUAUACAGCAGAAGAAAAAGCCUGGCAGCAACUUCGGAGAGGCAGAUAUGUAGAGUUCAAUUUAGUUUAUGAUCGAGGAACAAAAUUUGGUCUCUCAACUCCAGGAUCUAGGAUAGAAAGUAUUCUGAUGUCUCUCCCACUGACUGCUAGAUGGGAAUACAUGCAUAAUCCAGCCAAGGGCACAAGAGAGGCAGAAAUUAUGGAGGUCCUGAGGACUCCCAAAGACUGGGUCCAUUAAUUCAGAUAAUCAAGACUGCCCCACGUUUAACCUAAAAUUAGAAGAUUUUUCAUUUUCUUCUGUAAAAUAUUGAAGAUAUGUGCAACAUUGAGCUUAACACAGUGACUAUAUAAUCAUUGCUUUUUUUGUUCUAUGUGUUAGAAUUGUUUCCAGGAGAAUUUGAUCACUUUUAAACAGUGUACACAAUUGAGCUCCAUAAAAGUAUGUACAGUGUUAUCUUUUGGUUAACUACCUUUCAGCUGCCAUUGGAGUUUACAAAACCAGUUUUUGAUGACACCCUGAACAGAAAAUGAGCAACAGAUUUUGAGCUGUAUUCAUUGAAAGGCUACGGUAAAAAGAGUCAUAUCUCAGCCAUUCAUUAAAAGUCUUUGAUUGUGGUGUACAUUCUGCCUUGGUGCAGACUUCAGUUGCAAUCGAUUGUGCCACCCUUACAGAAUUUUUUUAUAUAUUGUAUGUUUGUCAUUUUUUUAAAAGCAUGUGACCUAUCUUUUUAUAACAAUAACUUUGAAAGUCAAAGUAAAUUUUUGACUAAAAUGCUAAUGUGUUUCUCAAAGAAUGUUUCCUUUAUAUUUAGAUGUGAUGUCUUUUUUUCGAGCAACAUUAGAGACACAGUUUGUAUUCAUAUAUAAAAAAAAUUACAAUGGACAAAGUGGAAAUUAUUUAUUUUCAGUACAGGAUAAGUGGAGAUUCAAAGAUUUUAUACUCUAGAAUCAGUGAAAUAAAAUUACAGUAAAAAUUAUAAGUGGCAUUAUUUCUGAAGCAUUGACUCAUGUGCUUUUUUCACUUUUUGGAUUUACUGAUCUAUUGAAUGAUACCUGACUGAAAUGUUAACUAUUUCACUGUUACUAAAAGUCAAUAACUUUUCCUACUUGGAUACCAAGCUGUGUUACUCACUGAAUGUAAUAAGUCAUUCUGAUUUCUUCCUUUUUCAUGUCUUGUGAUUUCAUCAGGGCUAGUGAAUUUACAAAUAAAAUGCUAUUUUACUUGAUCAGAUUCAAGGCUUAAAUUGAAAAAGCUGAGCUGGUUUGGCAGCAUCUGUCAGAGAGAAAUCAGAGUUAAUAUUUCAGGUUGAUUGACCCUUCCUCAGCAGGAAGGGUCACUUAA